CAACGGGUCAGUUGGAAGUAUAAAGCGAAAAAGUUUUGGCGCUGCGAACCUACAAAAUGAAUGUGACCGAGUCUGAGAGAUGACAAAAGUCUAUGUCAGUGGAAUGGGCAUGAACAUGGUGUCCCCAUGGACCAGCAGGGACACACUGGAGAGGAAUGUGCCCAUAAUACGCCUGAAAGACUAUGCUGACCUCCGCGCAAUCUAUGAAUUUGGAAGAAAAUUAGGUCACGGUAGCUAUGGAACUGUUUAUGAAGCCACCCACAUUAAGACACAGACAAAAUGGGCUAUUAAAGAGGUUUGCAGACCAGCGGCAGGAAGUCAGAGAUCCAAGAUGCUUGAACAAGAACUAAACAUUCUCAAAGAAGUGAAUCACGCUCACAUAAUUCAUCUACAGGAAGUCUACCACACGGCCAAGAUGACUUACUUGGUUACUGAGCUGUGCAGUGGAGGUGAUCUGAGGCAGCUGCUGCAGAGGAAAAAGUUUCUCACAGAGGACGAGACAAGGCACGUCAUCUGUAGCGUAGCCGAUGCUGUUGUUUACCUUCACAAAAGAGACAUCGUGCACCGGGACUUGAAACUUGAGAACAUUCUUGUGAAGGAUUAUCUCGGCGAGGAUGAUAAAGGCAGGAUUAAUAUCAAGGUGACAGACUUUGGACUGUCGGUGAAGACAGGUGGUGUAGGGAUCGAGAACAUGAUGCAGGAGGCCUGUGGGACUCUUCUCUAUAUGGCACCUGAGAUGAUGAGCCGUCGGGGUUACAGCCACUGUUGUGAUGUGUGGAGCGUAGGAGUCAUUAUGUUUAUGUUGCUGUGUGGGGAGCCUCCAUUUAAAGCCACAUCGCAGUCCGACCUACGUCAGGAGAUUAUGAACAACAACAAAGUCAAAUAUACUCAACCCAUCUGGGCCACAGUCAGCCAUGCAGCCAAAAAUAUAUUGACGUGCCUUCUGAAGCAGGACCCUGCCUACCGCAUGUCAGCUAAUGAGCUACUAGAAACCCCCUGGAUUACAGGUGACACUGAUGUGCCUGCUAUGCCGCCCUGUGCGCUGGAGAUGAUGCGCAACGACAGGGAGCAGAAAGAGAGAACACAUACUCUGGAGGACUUGUCCCUCACCUCCUCUGAGGACACACUGGACCUAUCCCCACUCCCCAGGGUAGCUUCAGCAGAAACAGACAGCAACUACAGGAGCCACGCUGUGAGAGACAACUGCUCCUGCACACCCACCACAUCCACCAAGCCGACUAAAGAGCGUGGUGGCGGCCUCCAGCUGGACAAGUGCAAAAACAACUCUAAACAACUCUCCACCACACAGUCUCAUGCAAGCGUGAAACCCUCAACACAGCCGAGUGCAAAGCAGCUCAGGCCUCGGGACAAGAAGGACGUCAGCGCAGGACAGAAACCAGCCUCUAAGCUCAGCAAGGCAGAUGACCAGAGACCUUCUACCUCCAGUAAAAGUAGGACUGCUCCCCGCAAACUCUAAACCCCUAACUAAAAAAUGAGCCAUACCACUGGAAAAUAAGUUAAAGGGAACAGACAAGUGGGAAGGAAAGGACAGUGAGCAGAUGACAGAGAAAAACUAAGCUAGAAGAUGUGGAUGUACACUUGAAUACACUUCUGUUUAUUUAAUGUAAUUCUGUGAUGUAGCAGCGAUGUGAAUGAAACUGCUGUGAAUGGUGCGACCUUUAUGGUGAUGACCAGAGACUGAGCAGCGACAGCAGUGUCAAAUAAACAGGACUCAUAUGCAGGUGUGAAAAUAAUACAAGGAGUCCAAGACAGCUGCAGAUGAGGGUCCAGCCUCAGCAGCGCCUCGUGCCAAAGGAAAGUGCCCCGGUCUGAGGUGUUCCCCGGGCUGGGGCCAAACUGCUGGACAAAUGCUUACUGUUGCACAGCCAACUGUUUGAGAACGUCAUGCAGCCCAAAUACAGACUCACACUUUUUUAAUAGUGGCCAGCAAACAGAGAUUAAAUUCGUUUUUUUUUUUUUUUUUACAGAUAUUACUGGUAGCAUCUGAUUGAAGGCUUUUAUUAAAAAGCCUCGACCUAGAGUUAGUUAAGUAAAGAGAGCCACCAUGGACAGCGGAUUCCUUAAUAAAACUGUUACUUAAUAAUUGCCUCACUACCUAGCUGCAUAUCUUUUCAUUCCGAAUGUCAUCGCUUUAUUUGUAUACACUGUGAAUGUGUGAAUGUACACCUUUUUCCAUAUAGAAAUGAUUAAGUCUCUUACGUGAAAAGUGACAUUGGGUAAAAAUAAUAAUCGGCUGGAGGUCGAGAGGGAUGUAAUAAUCAGGUGUAAUAUUUUUAACAUCCAAGCAGACACAUUUAUAAAAAUAAAUGUACAAAAUGAUUCCAACAAAAUUAGAUUUCUUUUCAGAAAUGUGUUGAAGCUGUUUUUAAAUUAGUAAAAGAAGCAAGGGAAUAUUUCGAAUACAUAGGGUAUAUGUCUAUAUACAUAAACAGUACAGAAAUAAGACUUAUAAUGUGCCAAAUAUAAAACAGUUGCACAGCUAUUUUACAUGCUAAAUUGCAGAGAACACACAUACAGAGCACAAGAGAUUUUAUUGGAUAUCAUUUCAUAACGCCAAAGUGAGCAUUAGGGAUUUCCUUUUUUUCAGCUCUGACCUCUCAAUUCCAAAACGCCCUAUAUGCAGUGACUGCACCCACUCAGUGUCAAAACAGAAAAACCGUCACACAGGCUGGUUACGCUCCAUCUGAAUGCAGAGGAUUGGGACUGAGGGCAGCCACGGGUCUAAUCUCGUUUGGAGGCCAUUGAAAGCAGUAGAAGCUACUUUGAGGGCACUGCCAUUCAAGCACAGGUUUUUUCCGCUGUAGAGAGAAUAAUCCCCGGCAUAGAUACAACAUUAAAGUAGCCAAGCAUAACACACAGAGGCUGAAUUUCAAAUCCACCCAUUUGCAUCUUGAAGUGAAUGAGUGCCAACAAUGGGGCUCCGUGCUUAUGCACAGGCUCUGUGUUUUAGUGUGUCUGUGUGAAUGUAGCGUGCAACUGUUGUAACUGUUUUCAAAAGGUAUUUCUACAUUGCAGGGAAGAGGUAAUUGUCUUAUUAGUGCGGACGCAGUAUGUUAACCUCAGUCCAGGUAGACACACUGAUCUCGGGUGAUGUUUCUUAACGUAGUGAGUAGAUACACACAGCUUUUGUUUUUUAGAUUAAUUUUAACUGUGAGAUUAAGAAUGUACAAACGGCACAUGACUUAUCUUUGAUUGAAGCUGCUUGCCAAAAGACUGCAACAUUACUGCAACAUUAUUGACACACUGUCUGCCUUUGGUUUACUCAGACUGGUAUAAACAGCAGAUGGAGCUGUAGUAAGUUGCUGAAUUCAUUUCCUGGAGUUAAUCUGACAGGAGAGUGCUAUCCCUAAAGCCUUACUACCUAGUUUUGUGCAUGAAGAUGUGUAAUUAGAAUUGAUUGCUUGAGUCACUGCCCAUUAAAACUGUGAUGUCCAUGUAACGUGUCGCUAAUUAAUAUGUUGUGUGGUUAUGUCUUCAUGGUCAAAAUAAAUGGUUUAAACAUG